GGAAACGGGACCCAGAUGACGCAAUCAACUAACUGAGAGGCGCGGUGAUCGUGGUGGGAAGGCCAUCAUCACGCAUUUGGAGCAUGGGUAGGCACCUGUCUAUUUAAACUCCUCCGUCUUCAACUUCGUGUGCAGAACUACCAUAGUAGCAUCACAUUUACUUCAUAUCAGUAGCAAAACUCUCCAUUCUUCCCAAUUUUUUCAGCUUCGAAAACCCUACGUCUUACUGUUGAGCUCCAUUUUGAAGAAAAUUUGGCUGCAGAACUUGGGACUAAAUUGAUAUCUUAUGGAGCAAAUGUUAGUUCAAAAUGGUGUUAAAAAGGUACAGUUGCUUCCAGCGGUAAAUGAUGACCAUGGAGGCGUUAUAGUAGAACUAGAGGAGCAUAUGGACCCAAAUAUCUUUCAUAACAUGCUUAGAAGUUCGUUACAUCAAUGGAAGCUGCAGGGGAAAAAGGGCGUGUGGAUUAAAAUGCCCAUUCAACUUGCAAAUCUGGUUGAACCUGCAGUUAAGGAAGGGUUUUGGUACCACCAUGCAGAACCUCAUUACUUGAUGCUUGUGUAUUGGAUCCCUGAAACUGGGAAUACAAUCCCUGCAAAUGCCUCACAUCGAGUGGGUAUUGGUGCUGUCGUCUUGAAUGAGAAAAGAGAGUUGCUUGUUGUCCAAGAAAGUAGUGGCAGAAUGAAGGGAAUGGGGAUGUGGAAGAUCCCUACUGGUGUUGUUGAAGAGGGUGAGGAUGUAUUUGAAGCUGCAAUAAGGGAAGUAAAAGAAGAAACAGGAAUUGAUACAGAAUUUCUGGAAGUGCUUGCAUUCAGGCAGAUGCACAAGUCAUUCUUUGGAAAGUCGGACUUAUUCUUCAUUUGCAUGAUGCGCCCUCUUACGUUUAACUUACAAAAGCAAGAUUUAGAAAUUGAGGCAGUUCAGUGGAUGUCACUAGAAGAGUAUGCUGCUCAACCUUUUGUUCUGAAACAUGGCAUUUUCAAAUACAUCAAAGAUCUGUGCUUGGCAAAGGCAGAAGGGAGUUACCUGGGGUUUACUCCUGUGCCGAUUAAAUCUUAUUUUGAUGAUCCUACGAGUUACCUUUAUUUCAAUGAAGAUGGUCUGGUCCAGGAAAACUCUGCAAUUCAUCCAUGAAGAAACAGAGUGGGGCAAUCACAUUUGCCAGAUUAACGGUAUGACUUUUUCUAUACCGCUCUAUUCAGGUCUGAUUUCAUUCUAAUACUAGUAGUUCUCUAAACUAAAGAAGUAGGAUAAAUGGUAUUGGUAGCAUAGAUCUUCUGUUUUUCCUAUAAUUGCUUGUACACCGAAAUAAAAUGUAUUUUCCAAGUCUUUGUAUGCCUCAUUUUACGCAGUGUAUCCAAUGAACCACAGCAAGCAUACUUAUUCCAAUUUGCUUGCUUCUUCUCUUAUUCUUUGUUCAUCUAAGUAGUAAUUUCUCAUGUAAAAUUCUUACCUAUGGAGCAAAUACUUUGUUGGAGGAGUGUAA